GUGUACUGGAGUCCCAGGAGCUAUCAGGAUAGGGUGGAAGCAGUGGCUGCCAUGGAUGAAUACAAGCUUCCGUCUGCACUGAACGAAGAUGACAGUGCCACCUGGGACCCUAGCCUGGAGCCUGAGGAGGAGCCCAGGGCCCAGAAUGGAAUGGCAGCCAGUGAGGGUCUGAGCAGCCACCUCAGCAACCCAAGGCAUGAGAAAAGGGACACGCUGUUGGAAACUGAGGAGCCCACAGAGGACCCAGGUGAGGCCCUCCCUGGCCUCAGCCUCAGCCUCACCCUCACCAAUGGCCUAACCCUGGGGCCAGAAAGAAACAUUCUGGAAGAUUCAACAGAGCCCAGUUCCUGGAGGGCUUGUGCAUUGGCAGAGGGGGAUGAUGUCUCCAGCAGCCUCUGUCCAGACACUGAAGACCCUCAGCUGGGGCUUGAUGGCCCCGGGGAGCCAGAUGUGCGGGAUGGCUUCAGCGCCACGUUUGAGAAGAUUCUGGAGUCAGAGCUGUUGCGUGGCACCCAAUACAGCAGCCUGGACUCCUUGGACGUGCUGAGCCUCACUGAUGAGAGCGACAGCUGUGUUAGCUUCGAGGCUCCACUCACACCCCUCAUCCAGCAGAGGGCCCGGGAUAGCCCCGAGCCAGGGGCUGGGCUGGGUAUUGGUGACAUGGGGCCUGAGGGGGACCUGGGGGCAGCCGGAGGUGAUGGGGAGCUGGGCAGCCCCCUGCGACGCUCCAUCUCUAGCAGCCGCUCAGAGAACGUCCUGAGCCGCCUGUCUCUUACGACCGUGCCCAAUGGAUUCCAUGAGGAUGGGCCCCAGGGGUCGGGCAGGGACGAGGACGAUGAUGAUGAGGACACGGACAAAUUGCUGAACUCAGCAAGUGACCCCAGCCUGAAGGAUGGGCUGUCGGACUCGGACUCAGAGCUAAGCAGCUCGGAGGGGCUGGAGCCUGGAAGCACAGACCCACUGGCCAAUGGGUGCCAGGGUGUCAAUGAAGCUGCUCACCGGCUGGCCCGCCGCCUCUACCACCUCGAGGGCUUCCAGCGCUGUGACGUGGCCCGGCAGCUGGGCAAGAACAACGAGUUCAGCAGGCUGGUGGCUGGCGAGUACCUCAGUUUCUUUGACUUCUCUGGACUCACUUUGGACCGAGCUCUCAGAACCUUCCUGAAGGCCUUUCCGCUGAUGGGGGAGACGCAGGAGCGUGAACGGGUCCUUACACAUUUCUCCCGCCGGUACUGCCAGUGCAACCCUGAUGACAGCACCUCAGAAGAUGGAAUCCACACGCUCACCUGUGCCCUGAUGCUGCUCAACACGGACCUGCACGGACAUAACAUUGGCAAGAAGAUGUCCUGCCAGCAGUUCAUUGCCAAUCUGGACCAGCUGAAUGAUGGCCAAGACUUUUCCAAAGACCUCCUGAAGACCCUUUACAGCUCCAUCAAGAAUGAAAAGCUGGAAUGGGCUAUUGAUGAGGAUGAGCUGAGGAAAUCCCUGUCUGAGCUGGUGGAUGACAAGUUUGGGACAGGCACAAAGAAGGUGACACGGAUCCUCGAUGGCGGCAACCCCUUCCUGGACGUCCCUCAGGCUUUCAGUGCUACCACCUACAAGCAUGGUGUGCUGACUCGGAAGACUCAUGCUGACAUGGAUGGCAAGAGGACACCCCGUGGGAGGCGUGGCUGGAAGAAAUUCUACGCGGUGCUCAAGGGGACCAUCCUGUACCUGCAGAAGGAUGAGUACAGGCCUGACAAGGCUCUGUCAGAGGGUGACCUGAAGAAUGCCAUUCGGGUGCAUCAUGCUCUGGCCACCAGGGCCUCUGACUACAGCAAGAAGUCCAAUGUGCUCAAGCUGAAGACUGCUGACUGGAGGGUCUUCCUCUUCCAGGCCCCGAGCAAGGAAGAAAUGCUGUCCUGGAUCCUGAGGAUCAACCUGGUGGCUACCAUCUUUUCAGCCCCAGCCUUCCCAGCUGCUGUCAGCUCCAUGAAGAAGUUCUGUCGGCCCCUGCUUCCCUCUUGUGCCACUCGUCUUUGCCAGGAGGAGCAGCUGCGGUCUCAUGAGAAUAAGUUGAGGCAGGUGACUGCAGAGCUGGCCGAGCACAGGUGUCAUGCAGUGGAGAGGGGCCUCAAGUCCAAAGAGGCAGAGGAGUACCGGCUGAAGGAGCACUAUCUCAUGUUUGAGAAAAGCCGUUAUGAGACCUACGUCCAUCUUCUGGCUGUGAAAAUCAAAGUGGGCUCAGAUGAUCUGGAACGGAUUGAGGCUCGACUGUCAACUCUAGAAGGGGAUGAUCCUUCCCUCCGGAAGACACACUCGAGCCCUGCCCUCAGCCAGGGCCAUGGGCUUGUGACUGGCAGCAAAGCCACUGAGCCUGAUACUCCAGUGUGAAUGUGCAGGCAAAUGCCCCCAGAGGGGUCAGUGAGCACAAUUCUGGCCAGUGGCUGCUUGGACCAAGUUCCAGGCAGUUGACAGGCAACCAGAGGGGUGUGGAGAGCCCUGUGGGCCAAGGAGAUGGAGAUGCUACUCAUGGUGUUGGGCUUCUUUC